AUGAGCGUUAAACUGGUGAUUUUGUUGACAUUACCGUCGGUCAUCUUGGCCUGUGGCGGGAUUGAGCCGUCUCAGGAUCCCUACGAUCCCUUGGGAAAGUGGCAUGGAAGAGUGAGUUAAAAAAUCGCAUCGUAAAUAAAUUUCCGAUUUGUGUUCUAAAUAUGAUUCUUUAGCAUAUGACCUGUGGCCAUCCUGUUUAUAUGUACCGUCUGCCAGCCGAUGCACAGGAAAAGAUUAAGCAGAUCUGGGCAAAUUACGAAGCCGGGGACGAGUGUGAUAAGGAGAACGAAGCCACUAUGCAAGUGGUCCACUCGAUCCCGGAAGAGGUCCGAUUCAAGGUCUUCCACGGAAUGUGUGGCCCAGCUUUCCUCAAAGAUGCCAGUCCAGCAAUCAGAACCCAAUUCCAGAACAUCUGGUUCGAUGACAAUCUGUCCCUCGACGAAAAAGAAUCCGAAUUCAAGAAGUUGGCAUUCUCUCUGCUGACUGGAUCUGCUGUAAGGUCUUUAAAAAAAAAGCUAACAUGAACGUGUUCUAGUUAACCAAAUUCAAUGAAUUCGAGGCUGGUCUUCAAGAAAGGAAAAAGCAACGACAACAAACCAUCGACCUCCUCUCUCCUGCUGCUAAGGAGGCAUACAACAAGUGGAAUACCAUGAGAAAACAAGAGCGUCUUUAUCUCGCAUCCCUCCCAAUGGAUGUCCGAGCUGAGCUCAGAUUAGUUUGCACUUUCUGCGGUACCCAGAAAGUUGGAAAACAGGAACAUCACCGCGCUAGAAGAUCCGCCGGAGUCGAGGCCAUCGAAUUGGCUAGAUCUCUCAGACAAAGCGACGCAGAAGUCUUGGGAGCUUUCUAG